AUGUCGAGCACAUCACAGAAGCACGCGAACUUCGUAGCGGAGCCAAUGGGCGAAAAAGAGGUCAACGAGGUGGCAGGCAUCGGGCCCACCUAUGCCAAGCGAUUGCAGGAGAAGGGAUUCGAAAAGGCCUACCAGUUGCUGGCCCAGUACCUCCUCCUAGCCAAGGACGAGGAAAUGUUCAAAGAGUGGCUGAAGGACGAGAUCGAAAUGAAGGGGAAGCAUUUGAACGACUGCUCCAACUGCAUCACCGAGUGGUCCCGCGCCUUCAUGUAA